UGCGUCGAUAGAUAGCCGUGAUUCCAUGCCCUCGCGACUGCCACUCACCACUCUGUUUAUGUGGAUAAAUAAAUACAUUGCGUAAACUAUACUCAUAAUAGUGGCACUAAGAAAAACUUUUGUAAUCCAAAGAGUUAAGCCGUAACUCCGAGGUAUUUUCAAGUUAAAAUAACCGCAGAAUCUAUAUGUAAAACAAUCGUUUGAAACAAUACAAGUGAUAAAAUAUAUAAACAAUACUGAACCUUUUUGCGUGUGUUUAAUUUUUUAAAUAAUAGAUAGCUGUGAAUGACUGAGGAGUAAUAAGUAGAAGUCUGCGUGACAAUGGAUCAGUGGCAGAGCUUGGUGAAGAACAUGCGGUUCUCCAUCGUGGGCAUACAAGUGAGCAGGAUCAAGAACAAGAAAACUGCCUCUCCUACGUGUAAAUUGCUGGUGCAGAGGUCACAGAAAGAAGAUGGAGUUAAUGGUGUCACAGAGAAAUCCUUCACAAAGUACCUGUUCCCGAUGUACCCGGAGCUGGCGCGGCAGUUCUUCCGGCACAUCCACCGCGCCGCUAAGUGCAAGAACAAGCACAUCCCGCUCACCGCCUUCCGACAGCAGUGCGAGAAGAUCCUUGCCAUGCUCGACGACGCGCUCAUCAUCGAGACAUAUGUCAGGAUGUUCGCUGCGGAGACGGACGACAACAUGGUGAUGCCGGAGGGGCUGCGCAGCCUGCUGUACACCAGCUACAAGCUCUCCAUGGACCACUACCCCGAGGGCCCGCAGACCUGUCUCAUGAUCAACAAGACGCUAUCAUCGGUGGUGAACGGGUGCUUCAACAACAAGGACAUGCACAGCGUCGGCUUCGUGGUGCGCUGGCUCGAGGAGCACUGCCACAGGCUCAUAUUCCCUGUACAUAGAUACUGCGUCCACAUGCUAGCCACCCGUCACCGGGACAUCGAAGCCUCAGUAGAAUCGAGCGGCUCCGGCGCCGGCCUGGAACUAGGGACUCCGGUCCUGGAGCGCGGCAACUGGGCGGCUGGGAGUGCCCUGCUCCCAGUGUCCGUGGCGUGGCUGCUGGCGGGCACGGCGCCGGCGCUGUACUCGCGGCCGGUGGCGGCGCCGGGCGCGGGGCUGGCGUCGGCGGCGUGGCUGGCGCGGCUGGUGUGCGCGGUGCCGUCGCACUGGGUGCCGCUCUAUGCCUCCAGGGAUCAUGGCUUAGGGGCGAACCGGUUCUUGCAUCAUACGCUGGCGUAUAGAGGUCCGACGCUGGUGCUGGUACAAGCCGGCACCCUGGUGGUGGUGAUAUGCGCGGCGGCGGAGUGGCGCGAGACGCACCAGUACUGGGGCUCGCAGGACUGCGCCCUGCUGCAGCUCAUGCCCACGUUCGCUGUGGUAGAGAAGGCGCCGAAGAUGUUGUACCUGAACACGUGCAUCCGCGGGUACCCCAAGGGGCUCCGCGCGGGCUCGGACCCGCGCAAGCCGCUGCUCAGCAUACCGGAGGACUUCGACUCGCUCGUCUUCAAGGGGGUGCCCUACGAGCUGCAGUCUAUUGAGGUGUGGGGCUGCGGCGACACGGCGUCGCGGGAGACGCAGCUGGAGAUCAAGAAGUGGCAGGUCAAGGAGGCCGAGCGACAACGACAUGUGAAGCUGUCGGCUGCCGACUGGAUCGAGCAUCCCGACAGAUACCUCCUGGAGCUGGCCGGUCGGCCGCAGUACAACAACUCGGCCAGCUAGUGAUGUCACUCUCGGCCAACUAGUGAUGUCACAUACUCGGCCAGCUAGUGAUGUCACACACUCGAUAGUUAGUGAUGUCACCUCGACACAGUGCUAGUGACGCGCCUUAAACCUCGGACUAUACUUGUAACCACUUAUAUGUCGGUAACUCAUUAUUAAGGCAUACGGUGGUAUAGCCCAAGUGACUAGUGAUGUACACUGCGGUAUCGAUAGUCGCAAGUGUUGAACGCUUUACUACGUAAGUAGCGCACAAAUGUGCCGUCUAUCAUAUCAUACAUUUGCUAUUGUUUUUCGACCUUUCUAUCGAUUUUUAUUCAGAAUGUCUAAUUUAUAGGGCCCAAAUUAUCCCUUGAAAUCAUGUCUUAUUUGUGCACUUUUCAACAAUGUGCUUUAGGAAAUUAAAGCCAUAGGACCUAGUGGAUCUAUCCUACUAUAUAUUUAUGUUUAGCGGUGCUUCAAAACUUGUGUGAAUUGUUUGUGAAUCGAAAAUGCACAGUCAAGUCGUUUAUUGCACUUCUAUGUUACAAUCUUCGACACGUACUUAUUGUUCGUACUUAAACCUUAUUUAUUUCACCUCUGUAUCUAUCAACUUAGUAAUUUAAAAACUUUAAUUCUUAUUAUUUAACAUUGUCUCGCUUGUUUCCUCAAAACUAAUAAAUCUUUGCUAAAUAAAAACCUUUUUACAGAAAAUCAUAAUGUUGCUCAAAGAAAAUUAUAUUUUCGUAUGAAAACAUUGCUUCAUUUAUAUGUAAUGUAUCAGGCUGGGAGCCCAGGCGAUUUUGAAGUGCCUUUUUCAUAUUUUAUCAGUUUUUCAACGAAAUCUAAAACAGGAUUGAUUUAUCAGAUUGAAUUCGGCCUUAAAAAUGUAGUAGUCUUAUAUUUUAUGAUAAGCCUUGCCUGAUAGAAGAAAAAUAUUUUUAUUGUAACACAUGAAUUAUAUAACAAGUUAUUAUAAAUUGAACUCAUAAUAUUUGUAUUUAUAAUUAAGUAUGGGUUUGUAUUCAAAGCCUAAACAUUUUGAUAUUGAAGCUCACUAAUAUUAUAUCGUUAUUAUAAAGUACCUACAAGUUGCUUUUAACAUGAAAAUGAAUUUGCUCAUUCAACAGUCAUCUACAUAAGGCCUUUUAGAUACAGAUGCAUUUUACUGUAUGAUACCAAACAAUAUAACUGACUGGUAGAAUGAAAACAUGUUUGAUAAUGAAUAGAGCACGAACUUAUUAAGAAGCAUUUGACGCAAGCUUCAUAUUAGUUGUAUAUCGUUAUUCGUUCCUAUUGUAUAAGCCAUAUUCGCGAGUCACUUAGGAUCUAUGUAAUUCUCAUAAACGGUAUUUUGUUAUAUUAUAAAUGGACCAAAAUGUUAAAAUAAUAUUGUAUUUAAAUGGUAAGCAGCCAGUUUAUGUGUAAAUGUAAUAUGUUGGCGUGAAACUAAUCGCGAUCUCAACUGUUUGGCGAAAUACAAGAUGGCCGCCACGAAUAAUUGUAUUUUUAAUAUUUUUGAAAAUUAUUGAUGAGAUCUUAUAAGUUUUAGUAUGAAUUUAGGUUAAAACCCGUUUUGUCAUUAUAACGAAGAAAUGAAAAAUAGUAGGACGAACAGUAAACUUAUUUUAAUUUAAAGAUGGCGCCUGAUUCGCUUGUGGACAUCUCAACUGAAAAUGAUUCGUUGUCGUUAUUGAUAUUAUAAGAGAUCGCGAGUAACAUUUUAUAGUGUUCAGUAUAACAAGCUGUAUUGCUAUUUAUAUUGUUAAGGAUUAUUGUUUUAUGUUAGACAUCACAGGCAUUAGCUUGACGUAACACGCAGUCAGUAACAUGCGCUUUGUAAUUGUAAUAUAGGUGCUAUUGAAUGCUUUGUAGAUAGAUAAGAAUUUUGUGUAUUAUAAAUGUAAAUUAUAUUAAUAAAUGAAAUAUUUUAUUA